GCUUACUCAAAAAUUUUCUUCCGUCUGCGUCAUAACCAAAUUCAUUGGAUCCACCCCUUACAAGGAGAAAGCCAAGCAAUUCAAAUGAACUUAGCUCGAUACAGAAAGGCAGUGUACGGUGCACUGUGGGUGCAGGCAGCAUUCGUCGAUUGUUAUCUGCCACUUAUCUCCUCUGGGGGGGGGGGGGGGGACUCCCCGUAUGAAAGGGGUGGGAAUGCUCUUCGUCUAGCUUAGGGGUGUAAAUUUCGGAUUUUGGUCUCACUUAGGGUGUUCUGGGCAAAACGCCAUCAUAUUUAGCCGUGAAAGUCUCGCUUAGGGUUGCACGCGAAAAAGUAUAAAAAUUUAUAUAUUGUCUGUGUUUUAGCAUGGUCUCUUUUAGGAGUCCAAAAAAGCUUGGGCCCCGCCCAGAUCGGUCUCCUUUAGGGGUUUAAUUCAAAAUUUCCGACGAGCAUCCCCACCCCUUUCAUAUCCGGAGUCCCCCCCGGGCACUUAUCAUCAUAGCAACAGCUUUAAUACAUCGAAGAGGGAUGCAUUUAUCCUCUUACCUUGCUUGGCAAUUUACAAGUACUUUAGUAUAUAUAAACUCAUCACUGAACCCCUUUAUUUAUUACUGGAAGAUCAGAGAAGUGAAAUUAGCUGUAAAAGGCGACUCGUCCGUCGAUGGAGCGGUUAGUUUACUAUGGUCUACUCUGCUUUUUAGUUAUAAAUUCAUUCCAAACCAAAACUUGCUUUACGAAAAAAUCCUCCCCGAAAAGAAAUCAACGGGUUUAGUUGAAUCAUUUUUUAUACAAACGAACAUUGCGAUACACAAUCAUAUCAUAUACUCCAGUAAAACGGGGAAAGCCGCGAGCAGAAUUUAUUUCACUGUAGAAUUUCAGUUUUGCGUUCAGGCUAGCGGUAUAUCACGUGACUCAGUUACUGGCUUAAUUUACACUGAUUAAAUGUGUUACAGAAAACACCCACGUGUAAGAACCUAGUGGUUUAAAAAUCUGCUGGCAGAAAUUGUCCACUUUAAUUUACCCAAUCAUAAAAGAACUUGUUUAGCCAAGCAAAAUCAAGCAGGUUCUUAUGUGGGUUAAAGUUCAAUCAUUGCUUUCGAGGUACGAGAACGCAACCUCUAAUUUCUGUUGGGUGUCCUGUGCAAUUAAUAAGGGAGGUUUUUUCGAGAUUGCAUUUGUGUCGACACAUAUUUGCCUCGUUUUGAGGCGCUUGCUUACGUUUUGCCUCUCUUUGACACGCUAACUCACGUGGUGAUUCGUGUGUUCAUCUUUCAAACGUUUGCUGAGGUCGGCUAUUCUGUCUUCCUAAAGCCUUCAUCUUUUAAAAGCCGGUGCUGAAUCUUCGUAAAGCUUACAUAUUUAAGAGUGUACUGAAGGUCUACUACCGAUCUGUGUUUAAUAAAUCUUCCAAAGCGUUCAUCUUUCACAAGUUUGCUGAAACUUUACACCCUGAGUGAAAUUUUACUUUGGAUUAAGCCUUCAUAUUUUUCUUUGGAAAAUGCGUGCGAAUCCUGGUGCAUGCAUCAAAUCGGGUUGUUUAGCUCGGCGUCCGUUUUGCCACGAAGUAAAUCUACCGGAGAGUUGUGAAGCUCGGCGCCCGUUGUGCCACAAAAUAAAUCUACUGAGUUGUGUAACUAGGCGCCCGUGGUGCCACAGAGUAAAUCAACCGAGUUGUGUAGCUCGGCGGCCGUUAUUCCACAAAGUAAAUCUACCUAGAUGUGAAGCUCGGGGGCGCCUUUUCAUCAGUGGAAGCUCAAUUCUAUGAUAUAUGUUAUUUACAUUUUAUUACCUUGUUUAUGCAUUAUAUUUCCUCGUUUUUGCUCUAUGUUUAAUAAAACUGUAUUGUUCUUAGCCAAUCCUCAGAUUUAAGAAUUUUUUUUUAAUGUCUAUUAUUAUGAUGAAAAACAGGUUACAUUCAAAUAAUUCCCUAAGCUCUGAAACUGUUUCAGUUUCAGUUUAGUUUCAAUGUAUUUUUUUUGCCAGAAAAAAAAAUACAUAUGCAUAGAGACAUUCAAUAUAUUACGAAAAUGUUAUUUAAAGAUUAAAGAGACGUAAAUUGCAAGUAAAAGAAUUUUUAAAAAAAAUUCCUGGCGAGGAAGCUCAAAUGGAAACCUUAGGGCUUAUUAUAUGAGCUCGCUUCCCAACCGAAGACUAAACAUAAUGAAUAAAUAAGCUGCAAAAUCAUACUCAAAUAUAAUUAGGAUAAAAAGCAAGCAAAACAAAACGGACAAAACAGACAAAAAGCAGCAAAAAACAAGUAUUAUUUACAAAUGGUUAAUCAACUAAGAAGAAAUAAUUUAAUCUGGAUGUAAAAAGAGAUAGUAGCAGCAAAAACGAACGUAAAACAUUUUUUUCUCUUUAAUUCUCAUCUCGUAAGUAUGGUACAAACUGACCCAGACAUAAUUUAGCCUAUUUUUUGAACAUUUGUAUAACUGUUAAGACUUCCUGGCUGCGAUGAGACGAUUAGUAGUACAUUAAUAAAAAGCCUUUUUUAAUCAUUUUGAAUCUUUGUUCUACAGAUGUAUCGAUCAAGAAUCGGUUAAUGAGGGGGGUGAAUAGGUCUGCGGAUCGGCGGAUUUGGCCUUAAAAAGCUCACGGAUUGUGGAUUUCGGCGAUAAAUCGAGCGGAUUCGCGGAUUUGAAAAAUACCGUAGAUCGCGGCUCAGCUGAAAGUUUUGGCCCGGUUUUCGGAUUCUGUCAGUCUAGAAGUUCGGAUUGUGGAUCGGAUCAUCUAUUUUCGGUCGGCCUUGGUCAAUGUGUUGGUGUUUUCUCGGCUAACAUUCCACUUUCGAGGUUUCCGGAAGAGACUUUCUCGUGACCCAACGCAUGUACAUUUAUUCUAGUAUAGACAGCACUUUAUAAAAAAAAUGCGCUUUAAUUGAGUGUCAAUGUAUUAAGCACGAAAGUGCUAAUUGGGACACUGUAUUUUACGUCUCCUAAUGGAGACGGGACCGGCAUCUUACGUGGUCAUCCGAGCCACGCGAAGGUCCAGCCGCCUGCAGGGCAAAGGAAGUACCUUCAUUUCUCAGUUAUUUUAAGACCCUGAGUAUUGGUCCGGCCCCGAGAAUCGAACCGGCGACCUCCCGCUCUGCAGUCAAACGCUCUACCGACUGAGCUAAUCCUGCCGCGGUUGACGCGGCAGGAUUAGCGUGACGGAAAUGACGUCAGGCAACCUUGUGCAUGGUUCCUGCAUGGUGACACAUGGUUCAGGUCUUGCCCAAGAACACAACGCAGUGCCCCGGCCAGGACUCGAACUCGGACGGUCCGAUCCAGAGUCCAGCGCACUAACCAUUAGCCCACAGCGCCUUCCACAUUCAUUUUGUAAGAUGAGAGUUAUUUUCCGUCAUCACAUUUGCUGGACUGUUAUACUGGAUUUUUGGGCCCUCACAUUUAAUGCUAGGAUUGACAGCGACUCAUGAACUAUAAAAAAAUCAAACUUACAAAUUGAUCGGUGAAAUGAUAAACUGGAUUUUGCUCCUUAUAUUUAAUGCUAGGAUUGACGAUCAUUGAGUACCAAACAAACUACGAGUAAAUGAAACUCUGUAUCUGCAUCGGAAAACAAAUGCAGUUUGCCGUUGCUAACCCUUUUACCCGUCUGUUGCCAAGUGGAAACAUGUUUAUGUGAAAAAAAUUAUGGUUUCAAGACUUCCAAGAUGAACCAUGGAAAGUACUUACUGGUAAGCAAAUUACCAUGAAGUUGAGUUCUGCCUCUUCCGAAUUUUGCGGCUCGACUAGAAGCAUGUCCAAAGCGGCGGAUGUCAGUAAGUAAAUUAUUGAAAAAUCUUUUACGCACUACCAGAUACUUUCAUUUUGCAAGCUUGCAGACCAUUUGAUUGGUCAAAUCUGUAUUGUUGGAAGAAACAUUAUAAGCUCUGUCCCUAAUGCUUAAUGUUUUGAAGCUGUAACGAAACCAUUUUAAACAUGAAGUCCCGCAUCUGUUGCGAUUACAGAUCUAGAACAACUAUAUUAAGUAAUUCAUUUUUUCAUGCUACAACGCUACUUUCUAUAUACCACGAAAAAUUUUUAAAGUAACACGGAUUCGGAUUUGAACAAAAAUUAAGUCGGAUCGACGGAUUGGGCCUAAAAAUACCACGGAUCGGCGGAUUUGCACACCCCUAUUCACCCCCCUCGUUAAUAAACUUUGUAUCACUGAUCAUGACAGUUUAGCUCGUUUUCUAAAAACCAGACAAUUGUGCUAUUUGUUUUGCCAAUUGCACGGCAGCAACAAGAUUGCCAAUAACUCAGAAAUCAGUCAGAAAUCCGUUUAAUAAAAUGAAAAUACAGCUCACAUAUCUAAUUGGUUUGUGACAUGUUGAAGCUAUCAUAUAAGGAAAACAGAUAUAUUAAAAAAAGGUUCGUGAAACUGCAAUAAGCGUAAAAGUCUCUUGGCCUUUAAUAACAACACCACAAACCAAAUUCGAAUGAAGAUUUAUUGUAGCCGACGUGCUUGGUACUUGAAAUAAAAUGCGUGGUAAAAUGAGUGUGCAUACAAACAGCAUGGAUUGAAACUAAAACGGUAAAAGAGCAAAAAAGUUACAAGACUAAGGUAAAUUAGAGUAAGGAAAUAGCAAAACUGCAAAACGAGGACUGUGAAGUAAACUUACAUUGUUUCGGCCAGAGAAAACUGCUGUGAAGCGGACUGCGAAUAACGCGAAGAGACUUGCAAGAAACUAAACAGAACUGCGCUAAGCGCGGACCAAAAUGAACUGCACAAACUGUACUGCAAAACUACGAUAUGGAAAAUACGCUAGAACAUGCGGAAAAUAAAACUAUAGAAACUUAGAAAGGCGCUAAUGAAGAUGAAACAGCAAAGAAACGCUAACGAGGGCGCGAAAACUGACAGAAAGGAAUAAAUACCUAAAUUAACGCUAAAAAAAAAGACUAAACAAAAGGACGAAAAGAAGUAUAAACUUAUUUGCGUACGCAAAGGAAAAACAAAUUACGCAAGAACGAAUAAUAGAAAAAAUGUUACACUUGGAUCUUACAGUUCGCUUGAACGUAGUUGCUUCGGAGAAAAGUCAUCGUAAUGACAAACUACCAAGCAAUUUAUUAGACACCUGUAUUGUUCCGCAAAAUUCACUGGAGAGUCGAGGAGAGGUUCAUGGCGUUUUAAUUUUAAAUAUUUUACCUUUCAUAUAACAGAUCCGAAUUGGACGCGCCGGGAGUUGAUGUAAACGGGGGAAAUGAAUUUAAAAAGCAAUUUAAAUGAAGAUAUAAUCUUGACGUGGUGAAAUAGCAAUUUAAGCAGUUGCAAAUAAACCGCCCAAAAUGUUAAAGUUAUAGCAAACAAAGUUUGACAUGUCUGGGGAUAUACUCGGUUAAGACUUCCUCUUCUAAAGAAAAUGUGGCCAAUUUAGUGCUGGUAUCCAUGUGAACGUCAGUCAAACCUGAUUAUAGAAAACCGGCACAAGCAAUUUGAAGCUACAAAAUAAAGAAACACUUUGAUAUAAGCCCCACGAGUAGCAGGCUCGCCAAUAUAAGCUCCCCUCUAACUUGCAUUGAAAUGAAUUUGAUUUAUUAUGAUAUUUUGAAGCUUUUACCAGUAACUGCAAAACAUAUUUAAAUCAGCACUGCGUUAGUUUGUUUCGAACAGCUUUUUCCAAUUCCGUUAAAAUCCCCCUUGGAUAUAAGCCCCUCCGUUUACUUUAUCAAGAGCCCUUGUAAAAUCCCUUUCAAAGAUUUAUAAUCCCAGGGCUUUUAAGCGGCUGUUUACGGCACCGCAUAUCAUAUGUUCGGCUCACAAACUUAACACCUCCGUUAGCGAAAUUUUCUCGUUCUUGCUCUCACUAUGUUUACUAAAACUGCUGAUUGCUCUCAGCUAAUCGUUGAGUUCAAUUUUUUUUUUCAUGAUUUUUAUAUGAUAAAAACAGGUUACUUUCUAAUUUCCUAAGCUCAAACGAACAUUUUAUUUUCUUUAAUUCCCACCUCGUAAAUGGCCCAGACUUUCGAGCCCAUUAUUUGAACAUUUAUACAUUGUUACUGAGACCUCACUGCCUGCGAUGACAUUAUGAGCGCAUCAGUUUAACUUCUAGCAAUUGACGAAAACCGUUUUUUACUCAAUUUGAAUAUAUGCUUAAAAGAAAUAUCGAUCAAGACUUGGUUAAUAGACUUUUUAUUACUAACAGUUUAACUCGUUUUCUAAGAGCCAGGCAAUUGUACUAUUUGCUUGCUAAUCGUACGGCAACACAAGGGCAACACCAAGAUUGUCGAAUUCCAUCGUUUAAUAAACUGAAAAUACAGAGCAAAUAUUUAAUUGUUUGCUGACAGGGUGCACGUAGCAGUCAUAUAAGGAAGACAGAUAUAUUAAAAAAGAGUUCAGUUGACUGUAGCCGCAUCGCAGAAAAGUCAUGGAAAUGAAAAAUUUGACUGGAGGUGAAAACCUGCAAACAAUUGCAGAACUUGAAUGCUCUGAGGAAUUUACUGGAGAGGUACAUGGCGAGCUCGUUUUUCUCUCUGUCAUUAACACUUUUUUGUCAAUUACAGCAUUUUUGGGGAAUACUCUGAUCCUAGUUGCCCUUCACAAGGACACAUCAAUUCAUCCGUCAUCCAAACUCCUGUAUCGUAACCUAGCGAUAACUGAUCUUUGUGUUGGUAUCGUUGCGGAGCCUCUAAGCGUUGCAUAUUGGACAUCCGUGGUGAACGAAAGAUGGUAUAUUUGCCAUUACGCAGAUUUGAUAACAUAUUUCCUAGGUGUUACUUUGUGUUCAGUGUCGUUGAUAACAAUGACCACAAUAAGCGUGGACAGACUUCUUGCUUUGUUACUGGGUCUCAGAUACAGACAAGUUGUAACUUUGCAAAGAACACGUUUAAUCGCUAUUGGUGGUUGGAUUGUGUCCGUUGUCGGUGCAUCUGCAUCCUUUCUGAGUCUUCUUAUAUUUUCUUUGUACCAAUAUAUUGUUAUAGCUUUUUGUUUAGUCACUACAAUCUGUGCCUACACAAAAAUUUUCAUGUCUCUGCGUCAUAACCAAAUUCAUGGUCAGAACCAUGUUGUUCAAGGGCAAUCGAGCCAAGCAAAUACACUGAAUAAAGCUCGAUACAGAAAGGCAGUAUACAGUGCACUGUGGGUGCAGGUAACAUUGGUUAUUUGUUAUCUGCCGUACGGUAUAACUGCAGCUUUAACACCUCAAAGGGGGAUGCCUUUAUCUACUUACCUUGCUUUGCAAUUUACAGGUACUUUAGUGCUUUUAAACUCGUCGUUAAACCCGUUUCUGUACUGCUGGAAGAUCACAGAAGUGAGACAAGCUGUAAAAGAAACAUUACAACAACUACACUUCUGUAUCUGA